AAUUGUAGCAUGUUUCUGAUAGUAAGAUAGUUCCAAAUGUCUAGUGAUUUUUUGUUACAUUCUUCAUUGAACUUUUCGUGGAUUGUCCCAGGCGAGCUGGCCGGAAUGGCAUGUCCAAAGACGAAACAUAUGAACUAUUUGGAAAGUGUGGGAAUUAAACAUUUAAUAACAUUAUCGCCAGAAAUUCUUCCACCUUCUGAGGGUAAAACUAUAAAGUGGUCCCAAAUAUUUAUUGAGGAAUUUGAAGCGCCUUCGUUGGAGCAAAUAUUGAAGUUCGUUGAUAUUUGCAAUACAUGCCGUAUUCUACAUGAGGCUGUCGGGAUACACUGCAGGAUGGGCCGUGGAAGGACUGGCGUAAUGGGUGCGUGUUAUCUUGUGCGUUUUUGCGGCCUCGCUCCCGAACGUGCCCUUAUUAACCUCCGACUCCUGAGGCCAGGAUCAGUUGAAACGCGUGAGCAGGAGAGGGCAGUUUUACAGUAUCACGACUAUAUUCGAAAAGCUGCUCCCGGUGAACCGUAAUUUAAAGUCACCUAAUUGGCAAACAAGGAAUGUUCGUUUUUAACAUAACGACGGAUGCAAUUAGGUUUUUAUUUCGCGCUGAAACCGAAGCGUACCACUUAAACAUGCAAUUUAAUUUUGUUGAUUAUAUUGCCAAAAUUUAGCUUGUUAGCUUGUUUUAUUUGUUAUAGUUAAAAAACCAGUAUUGGCCUAAACAAAAUUCGCUUUCACAAAAUCACUCCAAAAUUUGAAUAGGAAAAGCUGAUAAACUAUCUGCGAGUAUCUGUACAACUGGUUUGUACAAUAACCGAGGUCACAACGAAAGGAAUUAAUUUCUACCCUACCAUUUCUCCCUUAUCGACCUGGAUAUAAUUCCUUAUAUCUCAAGAACAGAUUGUCGGAGGAGCGUACUCAAGGGUGAUUGGGACGUCUGGAAGAAAUAUAUCCAUUGGUGAUUUCAUUUUAAGAGCGAAUAUCUCGCAAACUGUUUGUCGGGGGAAAGUACUCUCAAAGGAAAAAUGAAUCGCCUGGACGAGACAUAUCAUCUAUUGGCGUAGUGGAAGCGAAUAUCUUGCAAACAAAGUGUUAGAAGAGGGUACUCAUAAAGGACAAGUGGAACGACUAGACAUAAUAUAUUAUUGAUGUCAAAACUUUCAGUGCAAAUAUCUGCAGAACGGAGAGUCGGAAGAGGGUACUCUCAAAUGGCGGAAAGACGAGACACUACUGGCAAUGUAAAAAUUUAAUGGUGAAUAUCUCGAAAAUGUUGGAGUAAGGUACCUACAAAGGGAAAAUGCAAUAUUCCGGAAAAUUUCUCUACGGGCUUGAUUCUUGCAUUAUAUAGCGCAGAUUUUGAAUUUUGGGAGUUCCUCAACGGUUUUGUGAAUAGUUUCUACUCAAUCGCCUGUUUAAGAAAAUCUUACAU